AUGGCGAUUGCCUCGGGGUACCUUGAUCUCGACAGACCUAACGAAGAGCCAUCUGUAGUCCCCAACUAUGAUGAUGGUGCAUCAUCGUCAUCUGACUCCGUCGACAGCGAUGUCGGCAUCAAGUGCAGCGACUGCAAGCGAACCUUCCGCUCCAUGGGUCACUACAACAACCACAUGCUGGGUUGCACUCCUGUAUCGACGACCACACAAGUCCGUGAGGUGAUCCCGGCUACCGCAUCAGGUAGUUCUUCACUCACCGUGAACCACAUGAGGGCAGAAACUCCUCGUUUACCGACACCGCGAGCCCCCAUUUCAUCUAAUGUAUCCCCCGCGCCUACCAGUAAUCCGGCUGCUUUUGCAUGCAACACCCGCGGUUGUGAUCGCUCCUUCAGGUCUGAAGCUGGCCUCAAACAGCAUAAGCAGGACGCUCACGGUGUCGGAGGUCAGGCAUUGAACUUGGCCGGCAGCGACUCAUGGAUGCUCAGCAAUCGCGAGCGAGAACGAAUGCGGCAAGAAGGUCUUCUUCAACACACUCCUUCUCCUCGGGGUCGCGGCGGUCAAGGAGGACGUCCAACUCCUCGUGGAGCACCUUCCGGUCCUCGGGCGGCUCCCUCUUCAACAAGACCAUCUGUACAACAACAGCAAUCUGCCUUCGCCCGUCCAAUGCCGCAGCAACCUCACUUGCCCGCCCAAAUGCCCCCUGCUCCCAUCAGCACGAAUAUGGGCGGCGUCGCGGAGCUUGAGCAGGCCAAAUCCAUCCAGGCAAAGACCCUACGGUUGCUCCUUCAAUCUGACGUCUUCAUCCUACACGAUGGAAAGGUCAACGCCUGCGAUAUUAUGUGGACUCGGAUCGGCGUCGCCAAACAGUACGACGUGGUUACUAUGCUCGACGGCCUGUGCCAUCUCCCAAAAAUGCUGCAAGGCGAAUACAUACCUCCCCCAAAGGCGUUGAAAGAAGAUUACAAGGCCACGUAUUUGUCAAGCGAGUUCCAAACCUCCCCCGAACGCAACAUGGCCAAGCCAGGUCUUGGCGCAGUCGCGAUCUCAUGCAGCAAAAUCCUGCUGGCAAACGGGUGCCCCGAGGUUGUCAAGAUAGCAGCUGUUGAUCUAAUCUCCUGCCGAGUCCUUAUGAACCACCUCGUCUGUACUGAUCCGCACGCAAAAGUCAAGGAUUGGUACUCCUCGGUCACCGGACUUUUCAGCUGGAACGAUAUGGAGGGCGCUCGCAAAUCCGGAUACAAGAUCUUCAAAGGCUGGUCGGCAGCACGAGACGCGCUUCACAGGUUCGUCGACAAGGAGACCAUCAUCGUUGGCUAUAACCUGCGCUCAGACCUCGACGCUCUCCGCAUGAUCCAUGGACGCGCCAUCGAUAUCGCCAAGGUUGUUGAGAAGGCUGCUCAGGGUCCGCUCAGCAAGGCGCAGCUAGCACUGGAUGGUUUGUGCCGCGACUUCCCCGCCAUCAAACUGAAGAGCGACCCCGAGUAUGGCAGGGACAGUCUGAUGAACGCUUUUGCAGUACGUGAGUUCGGCUUGUGGGCGCUUAAGAACACCGAUAAGCUCAGCUCGUUGGCCAAAAAGAGGAGUCGAGAGUACCAGAACGCCAUGCCAAAAGUCGCUGUUGCAGGAGCUUGA